GGCAACAAAUCACAGUUUUAUCCAGAGCCAUAUAAACGUCUUGUUUGGUGGAUUUUGAUUUAUUCCUAAAUUGUGUUGAAACGGUCAAGUAUGGUGCAAAGAACAAUAAUCAUAUUGGCAAGCAUUGCCAUAUUCGCUGUCAGUGCCCAGCGUUUUAAAAUCGAUCGGCAUAACUUGCCCAAAUCAAACCUCGUGACAAGAAGUGAAGUUAGCGGAAGAAAUUUCGAUUCUUUGCGAUUGCCAAAUAGUUCAGUGCCAACGCAUUACAAUUUGUUCCUAGAUACAAACAUUCAUCGUGGCGAUUCUGAAUACAGUGGAAAUGUACAAAUUUCGAUAAAGAUUUUGGAAAAUACCAAACUAAUAGUGUUGCACAGUGUGGGAAAUUCAAUUCCGCAAGUGGAAUUAUACGAUUCAAAUCAACUUAAAAUACCGCUGGUGAACUUUGAGCUGGAUGUCGAGAGGGAAUUUCUUGUUGUAAACACGCUUAGCACUCUCCUAUCUGGCAGCAAUUACCGCCUAGCGAUUUCCUUUGCCGGUGCAUUGCGCACUGAUAACACUGGAUUUCACCGGUUGGCUUACCAAGCCGAAGAUGGUUCCACCACAAAUAUUGCCGCGACUCAGUUUGAACCGAGCUCGGCAAGGAAAGCUUUUCCGUGCUUUGACGAACCAGCUAUACGAGCCACGUUUGACAUCCGCAUAACUUGUGGAUUAAACUAUAAGGUCACUUCCAAUAUGCCAGCCGCUGGAGUAACAAUUCAGCAAAACGAGAAAAAACUCACCCAAUUUAAGCGAACUCCUAGAAUGCCCACAUAUCUGGUGGCCUUCACUGUAACUGAUUUCAUCAGCCAACGAAUGGUUUUGAAAGAGCCAACCACACUCACCAUGGAAGUCCUGGCUCGAUCAGCAGUUAGAAAUCAGCUUGAUCUUGGUCUGCGAAAGGGUGCUGAAGCCAUCCGCGCUCUGGAAAAACACUUUGAUCAGAAUUACACCCUGCCAAAGUUGGACCAAAUUGCACUGAUGCAGAAACCGGGAGGAGCCAUGGAAAAUUGGGGUCUGGUGACGUACGACGAUCGAUACCUGCUGGUCAACGAGGAGACAGCUUCCAACUACCAGAAAGAGGAAGUCAUCAUAACGAUUGUGCACGAAUUUGUGCACCAAUUUUUCGGCAACCUCGUCACACCGAAAUGGUGGACAGAUCUGUUCCUGAAUGAAGGCUUUGCGACCUUUUAUGAAUACUACGUUGGUGCUGAGGUCGAGCCUAGCAUUCGAUUCAAAGAGCUGUUUGCCGUGGAAGCUUUGCAGUUGGCCCUCAGUGUUGACAGUAAAAAUACAAGCAGACCUCUUUCAUUUUACACGGAAACCGAUUUAGAUUCACUUUUUGAUGUAAUCACGUACAUAAAAGGAGGCAGUGUGCUCCGGAUGAUGAAUCACGCUUUGGGGGAACGCACUUUUCAAAAGGGCAUUCGCAGAUAUCUGGCUUCAAACAAGGAUAGUGCCGUAGAUCCGAACGAUCUUUUCGAUAGUCUGGAAUCAGCGGCCAAGGAGGACGCAAUGCUUCCGCUCAGUACCUCGGUUGGAGCUAUCAUGAGCAACUGGAUCUACGAAGACGGGUAUCCUCUGGUCACUGUAGAGUUGGUUCCAGACAGCAACGAGGUAGUAUUUCGUCAGGAUCACUUUUCCGAGCGAGAGCUUUCAAGCCACCGAACCUGGUGGAUUCCGAUCAGCUACCGACUGAGCACUCAAACCGCGAGGGAUGAAACGGAAACAAAGUUCUGGAUGCCUCAAGGUGCAUCCCAGGUGUCGGUUCGGAUAGACGUUCCGGAGGAUGCGUACUUGUUGGUGAAUCCGCAUCAAACCGGCUACUACAGGGUCAAUUAUGACAAUGAACUAUGGCGAAGAAUUAUUCAACAGUUGAAUGCGGACCAUGAAGCAAUUCCUGCCGUUUCCAGGGCACAGCUGCUGGAUGAUGCCCUGAAACUUGCAAAAGCUAGACGCAUUUGGCCAGAAACGGCCUUUGAAGUCUACAAGUAUUUGGCCAAUGAAGUUGACUACGUACCAUGGUAUGCAGCAUUCGCAUCGGAUAAUUUGCAGUACAUCAACGAUGGAUUGGUUGUAGAACCUACGGCUUACAGAGCUUUCCAGUUCUUCGUCGAGAAGAUAACACACAAAUUGUUUGUCGAGAUGGGUUUCAAUGAGCUAGUGAACGAACCUCACGAGCAUCAACGUCUGCGGGCAAUGGUCAUUGAGUGGAGCUGUCGCAUGGGAUCGAUAAUAUGCCGGUUCGGGGCAAACCAGCUAAUGCAAGCGAAUAUGGACGGAGUUCAAACUCUACCACCCUACAUCAAGCACAGUGUCUAUUGUGGAGGCAUGAUGGAAGCGACUCAAGAACAGUUCCAAGCACUUUUCCAAAUAUACCAACAGUCUAGCGAUCCAGCUGAGCGUGCCAUGUACAUCUCUGCCCUUGGAUGCAACGAAAAUUAUGAAUUUUUAUCUGCUUACAUGACAGUUACGCUGGGAACUGGACAGGAGGUUCGACUUCUACCGAAUGAGUGGCUAUUGAUUCUCCAAUCCGUAUACUCGAGAACCAACAAAGGUUUAGACGCGUUCAGGGCGUGGAUGCAAACUCACUUGAUGGAUAUUGUUAGAGUACUAUCGCCGAGACAAGAGUUUAAUGAUAUUAUCGCAGAUUAUUCAGCCAGAAACGGAUAUUUUGACAAUUUUAAACCGCUCGUAGAUCUGUUGAAAGACUUUGCAGAUAAUUGAGACAUCAUUUCGCUAGCAGAUAACUGUUUUUUU